CGCCGCAGUAUCCCCGCCAUAAAUUCCUCCCAAAACUCUACUCCACCACGCAGCUUGAAGCACAACAUAUAGAGCCAGACUUCACAACAAUGUCCGACCGACCGGCUUCUCCCACGCCCUCAGAACGCGCAAAGGCCGACGCCGAGCUCAAGGCGAAAGAGGCCGCCGAGCAGGCUACCCUGCCCUACAAAUGGACCCAGACGAUCAAAGACGUAGACGUCACCGUCGAAGUCCCCGCAACACUCAAGGGCCGCGACUUGAACGUGCAGCUCAGCAAGACGAAGCUUGUAGUCGGUAUCAAGGGCCAGCCGCCAAUCAUUGAGGACGACCUGUUCUCCCCUAUCCAUGUCGACGAAUCUACCUGGACCCUCGAAACUGCGUCCGCUGGCAAGACCAUCGAGGUUCACCUGGACAAAGUCAACCAAAUGGAGUGGUGGCCGCACGUUGUCAAGUCCGCGCCCAAGAUCGACACCAGCAAGAUCACGCCCGAGAACAGCAAGUUGAGCGAUCUGGACGGCGAGACGCGCGGCAUGGUUGAGAAAAUGAUGUUCGAUCAGCGGCAGAAGGAGGCUGGGCUGCCGAGCAGUGACGAGCAGAAGAAGAUGGACAUCUUGAAGAAGUUCCAGGCCGAGCAUCCGGAAAUGGAUUUCUCCAACGCGAAGAUCUCGUGAGACGAGAUUCGAGUGGACGCUCGAUUGAGAGAAUAGGAAGGAACGUGUGAUUGGUUUCUGUGAAAGAGGACAUUCGACGACAACUCCAAGACCAGGGGCCAGUACUAGUGCAUAGAGAGCUGUGUAAGGGUAUGAAGAGUCGCAGUCUGGAACACUUGGAGCCAUGAAUGAUGUGUAUCAAGACUAUGGGCAUUACAAACCUAUCAGCCGAGCUAUAGGAACAGUAUGUUGAACAGAGCAUAGGCUUUCGGAAGACACUAUAAUACAAGCAUAAUAUUACAAGCACCCUCAUGCCUCGC